UGAAAAGUGACGUCACACUGGAAACCACUUCCUGGUGUAUUGUACAGGUUAGACACACCUGAGCGCGUGGUGCGGUGUGGGAGAGAUCCAGGUAGUAAAGAUCCAGGAGGAGAUCCAGGAGGAGAUCCAGGAGAAGCGCGUGUUUUGAGCAGUUCUUGAUUAUUACCUUAAUCGCGGGGGGUUUCAGUGUUUCUGCCGACAGCGCGCUCGUGUGUGUGUGUGUGUGUGUGUGUGUGUGUGUGCGCGCGCGCGGGCGGAGCUGUUGUGGGAGUGUAAGAAUGGGUGUCCUGCGCAUGGUGGUGUGUUGGAGUUGUCUGUUGUUGCUCCUCACUAGCACCUUCACACAGAGCUGCAGUAUUGAGUACAUUAAAGGCCGGAGCGGGUUCGUGCUGAACGUGGAGGACAGUGUGGCUGUGGGAGCGACCUACAUCUCCAACCCUGCUGCACACACCCAGGAGGCCUGUCUCAACUCCUGCUGUCUGCUGCCUCACUGUAACUUGGUUCUAAUAGAACACGGAGGGGAAAACACGCUCACACAAUGUUUCCUGUUCGACUGUCUGUACAGAAAUCAGUUCAUCUGCAGCUUCAGCAAGAAACCUGGAUUCACCAACUUCAUCCAGGACUCGGUCUACCAGAGAUACCUCCGGGGUCCAGGGAGGAAGUUUGGAGAAAAGGAUAAACGUCCGAUAGCAAACGCAGGAGCUGAUGUAGUGACCAGAGCUGGAGAAGUUGUUACUCUGAAUGGCAUUGAGAGCUGGGAUGACCGAAAUAUCACCAAAUACGAGUGGACACUUCUGAGUGGAAAUAAUUCAGUAGUGAUUAAGAAUACACAGUUUUUAGACCAGAGGCUGCUGUCAAACCUUUAUCCUGGAGUUUAUCGAUUUCAGCUUUGUGUCACCGAUUCAGCAGGACAGUCAGACAAUGCAUCCGUCACCAUCCUCGUCCUCACUCAAGAGCAAUCAGAGAUUCACUGUUUGAGCCCGUAUAAAGUGGGUCCAUGUCGUGGCUCUUUCCCUCGCUGGCACUACAACGCUGCAUCAGGUGUGUGUGAGAUCUUCACAUUUGGAGGAUGUAAACCAAAUGACAACAACUACCUGUCUGAGCAGGACUGUUCCAACGCCUGUACAGGUGUCACAGUGGUUUCUGAAACAAGAAAAAUUAAACCAGAAGUGUGUAAUACUUCGUGUGGGGAAGGGCAGUUUGUGUGUGCAAACGGUUGUUGUAUAGACAGUAGUGUGGAGUGUGACGGACAUCAGCACUGCAGUGAUGGAUCAGAUGAGGAAAACUGCCAACACAUGAACAGGACUUUGACUCAGUUACUGGAGAUCAGUGUGGAUGAACAGAAGGUGAUGUGUGUUGAUCCUCCUCUGACUGGGCCGUGCAGAGCGAGCAUGUCUCUCUGGUUUUAUGAUCCUUUAAAGCAGAGCUGCUUUCGCUUCACAUACGGAGGCUGCGGCGGAAACAAGAACAGAUUUGAGAAGAAGGAGGUGUGCAAGGAGAGAUGCUCAGGAGUCACAGAAAGUGAUGUUUUUGCGAAAGGGCCUUUUGAGCGGGUCGAGGAACUCCUGGAACCUCCGAGAGGUUCUGUUGCUACGGGAGUAAUCGUGGCCGUGCUGAUCUUGGCUCUAAUUGGUCUGCUCAGUUGUUAUUGUAUAAGAAACAGGAAGAGGAAGUCAGAAUCUCCGAGUGGUGCAGCUGUAGUGAAUCCUCCUGUAGUGAAUCCUCCUGUAGCGCAAACUGAGGAAUCUCAUGCACUCCUUUAAACACACACACAAAAGUUCAACACAAAUGUGCAUUUGUAAUGUGUGCUUCAUUACUGGUGUAUAUAUACAUUUUGAUAGGGUGUUAGGUGGUGUGUGUGUGUGUGUGUGUGUGUGUGUGUGUGUGUGUGUGUGUGAGAGAGAGAGAGAGAAACACAUUGUGUUUUAUAAUCAUUGUAUAUUUACCUGUUUGAGGUUGUGUAAAUUAUGUUUUAGAAACUGUAGUUGUGUUUAAACUGAAUUUAUUGAUGUUUAGUUGUGUAUUUGUUUAGUUGUGUAUUUGUUUAUUUUCUCUCAGGUUGAUUUAGUUGUUUCAGUAGUUUAUCUUCUUGAUAUAUUUUGAAUAAAGGGAAUUCACAGAUCUGAA